AUGGAAGUAGAGGGGCAGACCAUAGGGGUAACAGACAAAAGUCUGCAGGAAGCUCACGGGAAAGUAAAGACCCUAAAGGAGAAAUUCCAGGGACUUGAUUCAAGUUCUCAGGAUGAGCUUCAGAAACACCAAUCCAGUUUGGAUCAGAGCAAAUUCCAAUUUGAAACACAAAUUCCAGAGCUACAAGCAAAGCGAGAAGCUCUGAAUGAGGAACGCUCUGAUCUGAACGGUGAGGUGGCCCCACUGAAAGAAAAGAGUCAGAUGGCAGAGAGAAGAAAGGAGCUGCAAGAAUCUCAAAACAAUGUCAAAGCCCAAAACGAGAAAUUUGAAGGACUUCAGCAAAGUUCUCACGAUGGACCUCGAGACUGGCGAUCCAGCAAGAAUGAGACAACGUCACAGUCUCACAUGGAAAUGAUGAGGCUGGAGGAGACAGAAGCCAUGAAAGAGCAAAUCAACAAUCUCAAUACUGAGGUGGCCCAGCUGAAAAACGAGGCAAAGAUGUUAAAGAGAACAAACAAAGCUCUUCAGGAAGCUGUAGGGAUGGAAAAGGCAAAGAAGGAGAAUUUCAAAAGACUUUAUUCUGAGAUUUUGUUCUCCAACUUUAGUCCCAUGAUCUUCGAAGAAAAAGAGCAGCAACUCCAGCAGGAAGCUAAAGAAAAGGAAGAAGCCCGAGAAGAGAAAUCCGAAGGACUUCUUCAGAGUUCUCAGGAUGAGCUUCAAAAGAGGCAAUGCAGUGGGCACCAGAGAGAUUUACAGUGUGAAAUUCAACUUUUUAAACAAGAAGAGGACAGAGUGGAUACGAAUAACAAAAACAUUGGACUGAAAGCUAAGGUGGCCGAGAUGGAAGAAGAGGGGCAGACCAUAGGGGUAACAGACAAAAGUCUGCAGGAAGCUCACGGGAAAGUAAAGACCCUAAAAGAGAAAUUCCAAGGACUUCAUUCAAGUUCUCAGGAUGAGCUUCAGAAGCACCAAUCCAGUUUGGAUCAGAGCAAAUUCCAAUUUGAAACACAAAUUCCAGAGCUACAAACAAAGCAAGAGGCUCUGAAUGAGGAAAGCUCUGAUCUGAACGGUGAGGUGGCCCCACUGAAAGAAAAGAGUCAGAUGACAGAGAGAAGAAAGGAUCCGCAAGAAUCUCAAAAUAAGGUCAACGCCCUAAAAGAGAAAUUCGAAGGACUUCAGCAAAGUUCUCACGAUGGACAUCGAGACUGGCGAUCCAGCAGGAAUGAGACAACGUCACAGUCUCACAUGGAAAUGAUGAGGCUGGAGGAGACAGAAGCCAUGAAAGCUGAGGUGGCCCAGAUGGAAGAAGAGGGGCAGACCAUAGGGGUAACAGACAAAAGUCUGCAGGAAGCUCACGGGAAAGUAAAGACCCUAAAGGAGAAGUUCCCGGGACUUGAUUCAAGUUCUCAGGAUGAGCUUCAGAAACACCAAUCCAGUUUGGAUCAGAGCAAAUUCCAAUUUGAAACACAAAUUCCAGAGCUACAAGCAAAGCGAGAAGCUCUGAAUGAGGAAAGCUCUGAUCUGAACGGUGAGGUGGCCCCACUGAAAGAAGGGGGGCAGAUGACAGACAGAAGAAAGGAUCCGCAAGAAUCUCGAAACAAGGUCAAAGCCCUAAAAGAGAAAUUCGAAGGACUUCAGCAAAGUUCUUACGAUGGACAUCGAGACAGGAGAUCCAGCAGGAAUGAGACAACGUCACAGUCUCACAUGGAAAUGAUGAAGCUGAAGGAGACAAAGGCCAUGAAAGAGCAAAUCAACAAUCUCAAUACUGAGGUGGCCCAGCUGAAAAAUGAGGCAAAGAUGUUAAAGAGAACAAACAAAGCUCUUCAGGAAGCUGUAGAGAUGGAAAAGGCCAAGAAGGAGAAUUUCAAAAGACUUUAUUCUGAGAUUUUGUUCUCCAUCUUUAGUCCCAAGAUCUUCGAAGAAAAAGAGCAGCAACUCCAGCAGGAAGCUAAAGAAAAGGAAGAAGCCCCAGAAGAGAAAUCCGAAGGACUUCUUCAGAGUUCUCAGGAUGAGCUUCAAAAGAGGCAAUGCAGUGGGCACCAGAGAGAUUUACAGUGUGAAAUGCAACUUUUUAAGCAAGAAGAGGACAGAGUGGAUACGAAUAACAAAAACAUUGGACUGAAAGCUGAGGUGGCCCAGAUGGAAGUAGAGGGGCAGACCAUAGGGGUAACAGACAAAAGUCUGCAGGAAGCUCACGGGAAAGUAAAGACCCUAAAGGAGAAAUUCCAAGGAUUUCAUUCAAGUUCUCAGGAUGAGUUUCAGAAGCACCAAUCCAGUUUGGAUCAGAGCAAAUUCCAAUUUGAAACACAAAUUCCAGAGCUACAAGCAAAGCGAGAGGCUCUGAAUGAGGAAAGGUCUGAUCUGAACGGUGAGGUGGCCCCACUGAAAGAAGGGGGUCAGAUGACAGAGAGAAGAAAGGAUCUGCAAGAAUCUCGAAACAAGGUCAAAGCCCUAAAAGAGAAAUUCGAAGGACUUCAGCAAAGUUCUCACGAUGGACAUCGAGACUGGCGAUCCAGCAGGAAUGAGACAACGUCACAGUCUCACAUGGAAAUGAUGAAGCUGGAGGAGACAGAAGCCAUGAAAGCUGAGGUGGCCCAGAUGGAAGAAGAGGGGCAGACCAUAGGGGUAACAGACAAAAGUCUGCAGGAAGCUCACGGGAAAGUAAAGACCCUAAAGGAGAAGUUCCAGGGACUUGAUUCAAGUUCUCAGGAUGAGCUUCAGAAACACCAAUCCAGUUUGGAUCAGAGCAAAUUCCAAUUUGAAACACAAAUUCCAGAGCUACAAGCAAAGCGAGAAGCUCUGAAUGAGGAAAGCUCUGAUCUGAACGGUGAGGUGGCCCCUCUGAAAGAAGGGGGGCAGAUGACAGAGAGAAGAAAGGAUCUGCAAGAAUCUCGAAACACGGUCAAAGCCCUAAAAGAGAAAUUCGAAGGACUUCAGCAAAGUUGUCACGAUGGACAUCGAGACAGGAGAUCCAGCAGGAAUAAGACAACGUCACAGUCUCAUACGGAAAUGAUGAGGCUGGAGGAGACAGAAGCCAUGAAAGAGCAAAUCAACAAUCUCAAUACUGAGGUGGCCCAGCUAAAAAAUGAGGCGAAGAUGUUAAAGAGAACAAACAAAGCUCUUCAGGAAGCUGUAGAGAUGGAAAAGGCCAAGAAGGAGAAUUUCAAAAGACUUUAUUCUGAGAUUUUGUUCUCCAACUUUAUAACUGAGAGUGUUGAAGAAAAAGAGCUGCAGGAAGCUCAAGACAAGGAAGAAGCCCCAGAAGAGAAAUUCAAAGUACUUCUUCAGAGUUCUCAGGAUGAACUUCAAAAGAGGCAAUGCAGUGGGCACCAGAGAGAUUUACAGUGUGAAAUGCAACUUUUUAAGCAAGAAGAGGACAGAGUGGAUACGAAUAACAAAAACAUUGGACCGAAAGCUGAGGUGGCCCAGAUGGAGGAAGAGGGGCAGAAGAUAGUGGGAACAGAUAAAAGUCUGCAGGAAGCUCACGGGAAAGUAAAGACCCUGAAGGAGAAAUUCCAAGGACUUCAUUCAAGUUCUCAGGAUGAGUUUCAGAAGCACCAAUCCAGUUUGGAUCAGAGCAAAUUCCAAUUUGAAACACAAAUUCCAGAGCUACAAGCAAAGCGAGAAGCUCUGAAUGAGGAAAGGUCUGAUCUGAACGGUGAGGUGGCCCCACUGAAAGAAAAGAGUCAGAUGACAGAGAGAAGAAAGGAUCUGCAAGAAUCUCGAAACAAGGUCAAAGCCCUAAAAGAGAAAUUCGAAGGACUUCAGCAAAGUUCUCACGAUGGAUAUCGAGACUGGCGAUCCAGCAGGAAUGAGACAACGUCACAGUCUCACAUGGAAAUGAUGAAGCUGGAGGAGACAGAAGCCAUGAAAGCUGAGGUGGCCCAGAUGGAAGAAGAGGGGCAGACCAUAGGGGUAACAGACAAAAGUCUGCAGGAAGCUCACGGGAAAGUAAAGACCCUAAAGGAGAAAUUCCAGGGACUUGAUUCAAGUUCUCAGGAUGAGCUUCAGAAACACCAAUCCAGUUUGGAUCAGAGCAAAUUCCAAUUUGAAACACAAAUUCCAGAGCUACAAGCAAAGCGAGAAGCUCUGAAUGAGGAAAGCUCUGAUCUGAACGGUGAGGUGGCCCCUCUGAAAGAAAAGAGUCAGAUGACAGACAGAAGAAAGGAUCUGCAAGAAUCUCGAAACAAGGUCAAAGCCCUAAAAGAGAAAUUCGAAGGACUUCAGCAAAGUUGUCACGAUGGACAUCGAGACAGGAGAUCCAGCAGAAAUAAGACAACGUCACAGUCUCACAUGGAAAUGAUGAAGCUGGAGGAGACAAAGGCCAUGAAAGAGCAAAUCAAUAAUCUCAAUACUGAGGUGGCCCAGCUGAAAAAUGAGGCAAAGAUGUUAAAGAGAACAAACAAAGCUCUUCAGGAAGCUGUAGAGAUGGAAAAGGCCAAGAAGGAGAAUUUCAAAAGACUUUAUUCUGAGAUUUUGUUCUCCAACUUUCGUCCCAAGAUCUUCGAAGAAAAAGAGCAGCAACUCCAGCAGGAAGCCCAAGACAAGGAAGAAGCCCGAGAAGAGAAAUCCGAAGGACUUCUUCAGAGUUCUCAGGAUGAGCUUCAAAAGAGGCAAUGCAGUGGGCACCAGAGAGAUUUACAGUGUGAAAUGCAACUUUUUAAGCAAGAAGAGGACAGAGUGGAUACGAAUAACAAAAACAUUGGACCGAAAGCUGAGGUGGCCCAGAUGGAAGUAGAGGGGCAGACCAUAGGGGUAACAGACAAAAGUCUGCAGGAAGCUCACGGGAAAGUAAAGACCCUAAAGGAGAAAUUCCAGGGACUUGAUUCAAGUUCUCAGGAGCUUCAGAAGCACCAAUCCAGUUUGGGUCAGAGCAAAUUCCAAUUUGAAACACAAAUUCCAGAGCUACAAGCAAAGCGAGAGGCUCUGAAUGAGGAAAGCUCUGAUCUGAACGGUGAGGUGGCCCCACUGAAAGAAAAGAGUCAGAUGACAGAGAGAAGAAAGGAUCCGCAAGAAUCUCGAAACAAGGUCAAAGCCCUAAAAGAGAAAUUCGAAGGACUUCAGCAAAGUUCUCACGAUGGACCUCGAGACAGGAGAUCCAGCAGGAAUGAGACAACGUCACAGUCUCAUACGGAAAUGAUGAGGCUGGAGGAGACAGAAGCCAUGAAAGAGCAAAUCAACAAUCUCAAUACUGAGGUGGCCCAGCUGAAAAACGAGGCGAAGAUGUUAAAGAGAACAAAAGAAGCUCUUCAGAAAGCUGUGGAGUUGGAAAAGGCAAAGAAGGAGAAUUUCAAAAGACUUUAUUCUGAGAUUUUGUUCUCCAACUUUACAACUGAGAGUGUUGAAGAAAAAGAGCUGCAGGAAGCUCAAGACAAGGAAGAAGCCCCAGAAGAGAAAUUCAAAGGACUUCAUUCAAGUUCUCAGGAUGAGCUUCAGAAACACCAAUCCAGUUUGGAUCAGAGCAAAUUCCAAUUUGAAACACAAAUUCCAGAGCUACAAGCAAAGCAAGAGGCUCUGAAUGAGGAAACCUCUGAUCUGAACGGUGAGGUGGCCCCACUGAAAGAAAAGGGUCAGAUGAUAGAGAGAAGAAAGGAUCUGCAAGAAUCUCGAAACAAGGUCAAAGCCCUGAAAGAGAAAUUCGAAGGACUUCAGCAAAGUUGUCACGAUGGACAUCGAGACAGGAGAUCCAGCAGGAAUGAGACAACGUCACAGUCUCACAUGGAAAUGAUGAGGCUGGAGGAGACAGAAGCCAUGAAAGAGCAAAUCAACAAUCUCAAUAUUGAGGUGGCCCAGCUGAAAAACGAGGCGAAGAUGUUAAAGAGAGCAAACAGAGCUCUUCAGAAAGCUGUGGAGUUGGAAAAAGCCAGGAAGGAGAAUUUCAAAAGACUUUAUUGUCAGAUUUUAUUCUCUGGCCCCUAA